AAAAUGUUUCUAUAACUGCUAGCAUAACACAAAGUAAGAAAUGGCUGAGACGAAAGAAACACUGCUUGUUAACGGAUCAGCAGAGCAGAAGUCUCCAGUCAGACGCAUGCAUUCAGCAACAGCUUUCACUGUGAGCGUGUCUAAGUCUGACGCUCCACAUUUUGAUCCUUACAAAACAUUGGAAAGAUCCCAGUCUGAAGCUGCUCUUCUGAAAAAUCCACACAGUGCUGUUAAAACUGAAGAUGGAGUUGCAGAAACAUUUUCAGAGCAAGAAAUGGGAACUGAUGGAAUGGACUUUGGGGCCCAUAAUGUAUCUGAAUGUUCAAAAGUGUACCUAGAUUUGUCCACUGCUGAGGCAUAUGAAAAUAUUAAUGAGCAAAUUCCCUAUCCAACUUCUUUGUUUCGAACUGGAUCAGGUAGAUUAUUGGAAACAAUCCCACAGGAUGAAGAAUUGCAAACAGAUGAUGUUCGAUUUAGCCUCAUGGGAGAAAGAUCCAUUUCCACUGAAAGUAAUUCCAGUGCGAGUAGCCUUGAUGAAAGGGCAUCCAAGACCCACAUGAAAUCCCUAACUAUAAAAGAGGAGUCUUCGAGGUACACAGUCUCCAGUUCAUACUCUAAGGUUGGCAAGAGGUCUCCAGACUACACAACUAAAGCAAAAACCAACAUGAAAUCCACCUUCCAGACUUUCUCCUUAAACAUUAAGCAGAAAAUUAAACAACUUCAGAUGGGAUCCGUUCAAGAGCAGAUCCAAGCCAUGAGGGAGAUCAGUGUUAUCAUAGAUCAAGCAUGGGCCAUACCAAGUUUUGGCAGAGACUUAGCAUAUGGAUUGUGUGAUAUUUUGAGGAAUGAAAAAGCACUUGAUAUUAUUGUUAAGAACUGUGCAUCACCCUCUAAUGAUCUGAUGAAGGCUUCAGCAAAGUUGCUUGAUAAAAUCCUGACCACUGGAAACAGGAAGAGGGUAUCGGAAAUAGGCCUGGACAUUGUGGUCAAAAUGGCUGUUUCCUCUAAAGGGGAAACAGAAAUGGCCCGAGUUGUCACUGGUAUAUUAGAGAGUCUCUUUAAGAUAUCAGAAGAUGUAUGUGCAAAGCUGAUAUCCUUGGGAGGAUUAGAUGUUAUUGUGUUUUGGUGUAGAAGUAAUGACCGUUCCACCCUCAGGCAUUGCUCCAUGGCCGUAGCCAACAUGGCCUUGUAUGGAGGAAGGGAGAACCAGGAAGAAAUGACCAAACACAAAGUUCCAGAGUGGUUGUUCCCCUUGGCUUUCAAUGAUGAUGAUGGCGUCCGAUAUUACGCAUGUCUGGCUAUAGCCAUCUUAGUGGCCAACAAGGAGAUUGAGACAGUGGUGCAGAACUCAGGGACUUUGGAAGUGGUUCUACCAUUCUUAACAAGCCACACCCCAAGUCAGUUUGCUCGCAUGGAAUUAUCCCACCAGCAGGGUCGCUCCAAGGACUGGCUGAAACGUCUUGUGGGUCUUCUAUCCAGUAAGAGGGAAGAAGCCCAGGCUUUGGCUGCAUUCCACUUUGCUAUGGAGGCUGGAAUUAAAAUGGAGCAGGGUAAAAAAGAUGUAUUCUAUGAAAUUGGAGCCAUUGAACCAUUGAAAUGUUUGGCAAGUAGUCCCAACCCCACUACCUCAAAACUGGCAUCAGAGGCCCUGAGGACCAUUGGUGAGGAGCUUCCUCAUAAGUUAUCACAGCAGGUGCCCAUUUGGAAUGUCGAGGAUGUAGUCUUCUGGGUCAAUAGAACUGGCUAUGAUGAGUAUACAGACCGUUUUGCCAGAUGUAAGGUAGAUGGAGACCUUCUGCUGACAUUGACUGAAGCAGAUCUUGCCUGUAGCUUAGGGAUGGAUUGCAGAAUCACUCAGAAGAGGUUUCUGAGGGAUGUCAAAGAUUUGAAAAUUAAAGCAGACUACACAUCAUGUGACCCAACAGGGCUCAGUGAUUGGCUGCAAGAACUUGGUUCUGAGUAUAGGCAGUAUACUUACACCCUUGUAAAUAAUGACAUUGAUAAGAACUACCUGAUGCAAAUGACUGAUGAGGACCUCAAGGACUGUGGCAUUACUAACAGCAUCCACAGAAAAAAGAUUUCUCAAAAAAUUGCAGAAGAUUCCUUGUACAAUAUCCAACCUAAAACACAAGUCACGAGAAGUACAGAAAGCAGUAUGGAGAGUGUGGACGCUAUGGAUGGAUCAACAAACACAAUCUCCAGACCCAUCGAUGUCUUCAUCAGUUACCGAAGGGUCAACGGGUCACAGCUCGCCAGUUUACUAAAGGUUCACCUCCAGCUGAGAGGAUUCUCUGUUUUUCUGGACAUUGAGAAGCUGAAGGCAGGAAAGUUUGAUGAAAAUCUCCUUAACAGUGUUAGGCUGGCCAAAAACUUCAUUCUAGUUCUGACCCCUAAUGCGUUAGAUAGAUGUAUGGAGGAUGAUGAACAAAAUGACUGGGUACACAAGGAGAUUGUAGCAGCCAUGGAAAAUGGCUGCAACAUUAUUCCCCUGUUGGAUAAUUUUCACUGGCCUCCAUCUGAGAAGCUCCCACAGGACAUGAGACAGAUAACAUUCUUCAAUGGAAUAAGAUGGAUCCAUGACUACCAGGAUGCUUGUGUAGACAAACUGGAGAAAUUUCUUCGUGGGGAAAUAAAUAUGACACACAAACGGGCUGCACUCUUCCAGAUGGGCUCCUCCUCUGAGGGUGUGGUAGAUGGAGGAAAAUACAGCUCCAGCGAAGAAAGUAGUCCCAGCAUUGAUGUGUCACCCAAUCGGGAUGUCUCUUACAGCAGUUGAUGGGUCGCAAUUAAACAAUUAUACACCUCUCGAUGCAUGAUUUUUUUGUCUACAAGAACUUCUGCAAAUGAGCAUAAAUUGAAUUGUUAAAGUACAAUUUAUGUAAAUGGCAAUUGGAAGUUCUACUUUUCAUUUUUUUUUUUCACAGUUUAAAUACAAAAUAACAUGUAAAUGCCA